GUUUAAUACUACAGUGCGUCACGUAGAAGUAGGCGGCCACAAGGAAAGCGUCGUGCAUGUAGUUCGCGAUUCUGUUGCCGCAGGCAAACGCAAUGGAAAUGGUGUACUCCAUGAAAAACUUUCUUUUUUUUCCUUCCCCAGAGCGGAUUCGUAAUGCAUGAUAGAAGCACGCGCACGCCUAUAAGGUCAAGAUCAACAUUGAACAUUCAAGAAUUAAGAUUAGAUUUCCCUACUACGUGCUGACGUCAGAGAUCCUUGCUAUUUUUGACCUUCGCGCGAGCAGGUUCAGAAGGCAUAUUCAGUUGCACCGAGAUCAUUCUUUCAGGGAAGUGCCUACGACUACAUCAAAAUUUUCUUUGACAAAAUCAAAAUCUAAAUCAAAAGGCAACAUCACCAUGGCCUCCCAGGUGUCCGCGACCUCUUCGUCACACGGCAACGCCCCGCCGCCCCCGAGCAACGCGGAUUUCUUGGAAUCUCUCCCAACGCACGCCCUGAUCCAGGAACUGACGCGCCGCCACCGGAUUCUGGGCGCCCCCCUGCGGAAGUGCGUCAUCCUCGGCCCGCCCGGUAUGGGAGUGACAGGUGGGGUGGGUCUGGGCGGAAAUCCUCAAAGCGGAUCGUGGGAAAAAAAGUUUGUCAUGCGGAAAUCAUUUUUCAUUUUCUUCUGGCUGCGCCAUGAUCCAAUUCCAAGCGGCGGACGAGCAGGCGCGUUCGUAUUCCUGCUUCCUAAAUCUUUACACUUUCGUAAACUUACCGACGAGGACAGCAGGGGGCACAGGCGGCACACAAGAACUGUUCCUGUCGUCAGUAUCAUACUUUGACGAAAUAAAGCUCCGUAUCGGUCCAUACCCAUGCGCCUGACCCGCUCAUACCAUGGUCCGGGAAAUCCGCGGUAGCCGACCAUUUUCGCUACAACUUCGGCUACUGCUUAUGAAGAGUAUUUUUGGGGUAGGAGACUGCUCAACAAAAAAGAGAAAAUGCCAAGUGAUUUAUUUGUAAUGGCGCGUGAAGAAGUCUAAGCAAAAUGACUCAACGAACACAUGAUCCUAUGAACAACAUCAACAAACGAAGCAAAGCAAUCCCAAUCCACUUGUCUCCCAUGCGAACCGUUUUCUAAUUUUGAAAGUCUCGAGUUUCCAUUGGCAUACUGCAACGUCUUACGCGACCAUAACGGCGGAAUACCGGGCGGUAGCGCACCAUCAUCAGCGAAGGAGAAGUUGGCGCAGAUACAGGUACUGGAUAGAUUUCAAAGAGUGCUGCAAUUAGCCUCCUUCUUUUACUUUUUAUUGUUUUUGUUCCAUUCACCGGCACGUGGUCCGACCAUUACUUGAACUUGAUGGUGUUGCUGGUGAUCAUGCAGUAGUGAUUUAUGACGAGUUGUCCUGCACCUGCUGCAGCUGCAAAAUUAUAUACAGAAAGGUACUGGCGCAAUUCUGUAUCAGAAACACAUGCAAACAAAAACAAUAGGAUCGCCUUUCCGAGCCCCAGUGCCGGCGAGGGUUCGUCGUCGACGGAUUUCCAGAAAUAUGAAAGGAAACAUAAACAAUUCAGUCGACGAAGUGACAUUUGUAGUGCAGAAGACCCUGCAUAUUUUAGUCGAAAAAUAAAAUGCUUGCUGUACCAGACGAUGACCAGCCAACAGCAACAGCACAACUUCUGCUCACCAUAUUUGUCUGUGCUGCUUUGAAAAUGCUUCAUGUCUCUCAAGCACAUGUAUGUGGACCCAAGAAAUUACUCAUUUGACUACCACGAGCGUUGCCGCGCGUACCCGUGCGCGUACGUACCGUCCUUCUUGUUGUUUUCCUGCAUAACACAACGGAGUCCAGGCGGAGAUGCUCGCGUCAAAUUUAUCUGACAAGGCUAUCCGACAGAAAACCCCCAGUUCUGCAUCUGACGUAGUUUAGUGGAGGUAGUUGUACAGCUAUUUUGCAUGAAAUAAGGUUCACGAUGUCGUCAACACUUCCUGCAUUUUUGGGUUUUGACAUGCAAAUCGAAGGGGCUCCUUUCGGCCUAGAGCCAAGAAAACCAACAUCGUGGACGAGAGCGCCGCUACUUGCUAGCAAGCAAUUUAAAUUUUCUGGUUUGAUAGCGCACAAGAUAGACCAGUGCUUGAUCCUGGACGCACCCACGGUGGAGCAGUUGCAGCAGGCCUUCGGUUCAACGAAUGCGAGCACGAACCAUGCGAGUAAAGCGGCAUCUGGCAGCUCUACUGCGACGAUCACGGAAAAAGAACUCCAGAUCGCUCGCGAGGACGCAAACCGCGUAGCUAAGUGGUUUUUGGAAAAGAAAGGGGUUUUAUGAAAAGAAAAUCAAAAUGUACACUUGAUUGUAAAUGUAGUUCAGUAUCAUCUUGUAAAUGUUGUAGGCACGGUGGUGGUGGUCGUCCUCGUGUGAUCUCAGUUUACCUUGCAGGACGAGGAACAGCAAAAGAAUCACAAACUCGCGCCAGGCAGGGGAAUAAAUCUGUGUGCUGUGGGAGCGAGGGAACAACAAGUGUCUACUUCCCAUUGCAUACCUGCAGUGCCAAAAACUGGACAUCUCCGGACUCUCGCGCGCGGAGCUGCUGCAGAAGGCAGGGGAUGCGCUCUACUUCAGGGAGACGGGCGGCAGCUCAUCCGCAACCUCCGGGGCGAAUUUCGCGGGGGCCUGAUGAUAAAGUAGUGGAUUUUCAUGCACUUAUGGCAGCUGACGCUGACCACGCGAAAAACAAGUCGCUCGACUACUUACUCUUUUUUUCUUCGUCCUCCCCACAGAGCGCAACUGUGCAGCUUUUCCUUGAUCUCGGUAACCGCCUCCAUUGCGACCAGUUGAGUUCAUGAUUGCCUUUCGACGCUUUACUGAAGUUUGGUUUUGAAAGACAACUACAUCUACAGAAAGAAAUACACGAGUUUUAUGGGAAAGAACUCUGGUGGAAAAUCAAGACAAAAUACUUCUUUGGUGGAGGACAAAGAUCUAAACGAACGACUUGUAUGCAGUGCACAAGUGGACCAGACGAAGAAAUACCAAUAAGAAAAGUCCAAAAUAGUGUAUCGUGUCAGGUUCAUCUUACACGGCCUUGUGCGUGAUUGUCUCAAUUUGAUGCCACUGCUACACAAGCCCAAGCGUGAGGAUGAGCCACUUGAUGUUUUAGUAGCCAGCACAGCUGGAGCCUACGAGUCAUGUCGUCUGAAUAGAGUUAGUUGUACUUACCAGCUACAGAAAAAAAAUCGGUUGUCCCUCC